CGGGGCCCGGCUGUCAUGGAGGCGCCGGACGGAGCGCGGGCAGCGGUGGCGGGCGCGUCCCUCUGAGGGCGGCGGCGACGGCGGCGGCGGCGGCGGGAGACGGCCCGGACCGCCCCGGGAAGAUUUGUGACAAGCACAGCCUGCGCUUCGUCCGGACCCUGUUUGGAGUCUCCAUGUUGUCCUAUCUGGAUGAAACUGAUCUGAGAAGAAGCUGGGGACUUUCUGUUUGGGCUAAGCACUUCCAAUAAACUCCUGGCUGAAAAAUUCAGGUGUGUAUCCAUCGGGAAGCAGAGAGGUAAAGGCUAAAUGGAUCUAAAGACAGCAGUCUUCAACGCUGCUCGUGAUGGCAAGCUGCGGCUCCUUUCCAAGCUACUGGCAAGCAAAACAAGGGAAGAGGUGGCCCAACUGAUGUCAGAAAAAACCAAUGGUGCCACACCACUUCUGAUGGCAGCCCGCUAUGGUCACCUUGACAUGGUGGAAUACUUGUUGGACCAUUGCUCUGCCUCGAUAGAGGUUGGUGGCUCAGUGAAUUUUGAUGGUGAGACCAUCGAGGGAGCUCCGCCGCUGUGGGCAGCAUCGGCCGCUGGCCACUUGAAGGUUGUUCAGUGUCUAUUGGAUCAUGGUGCAUCUGUCAACAACACAACGCUGACAAAUUCAACGCCUCUUAGAGCUGCCUGUUUUGAUGGUCACCUGGAAAUAGUCAAGUACCUUGUGGAGCACAAAGCAGACCUGGAAGUAUCAAACCGUCACGGGCAUACGUGCUUGAUGAUCUCAUGUUACAAAGGCCACAAAGAAAUAGCUCAGUAUUUACUUGAAAAAGGAGCUGAUGUGAACAGAAAAAGUGUUAAAGGAAAUACAGCACUACAUGACUGUGCAGAAUCUGGAAGUUUGGAGAUCAUGAAGAUGCUUCUCAAGUAUUGUGCUAAAAUGGAAAAGGAUGGUUAUGGAAUGACUCCCCUUCUGUCAGCCAGUGUGACAGGCCACACAAAUAUAGUGGACUUUUUGACCCAGCAUGUACAGACCAGUAAGGCUGAGCGCAUAAAUGCCCUGGAACUUCUAGGAGCAACGUUUGUGGACAAAAAGAGAGAUCUGCUUGGUGCUUUGAAAUACUGGAAAAGAGCUAUGGAAAUGAGAUACAGUGAUAGGACUAAUAUCCUCAGCAAACCUGUGCCACAAACACUAAUUAUGGCUUAUGAUUAUGCUAAAGAGGUAAACAGCUCAGAAGAGCUAGAAAAUCUUAUUGCAGACCCAGAUGAAAUGAGAAUGCAAGCAUUAUUAAUUAGAGAACGUAUUCUUGGCCCUUCACACCCAGACACAUCCUACUAUAUUAGAUACAGAGGUGCUGUGUAUGCAGACUCUGGAAACUUCAAGCGUUGCAUCAAUUUAUGGAAGUAUGCUUUGGACAUGCAGCAGAGCAAUCUUGAUCCUCUAAGCCCUAUGACAGCCAGCAGUUUGCUAUCAUUUGCUGAACUUUUCUCCUUCAUGCUUCAGGAUAGGGCAAAAGGCCUGCUAGGCACUACUGUCACUUUUGAUGAUCUGAUGGGUAUACUUUGCAAAAGCGUUCUUGAAAUAGAACGGGCCAUGAAACAAACCCAGUGUCUUCCUGAUCCAGUACAGCUGAACAAAGCUCUUUCCAUCAUUUUGCAUUUAAUUUGCUUGUUGGAGAAAGUACCUUGCAGCUCAGAACAGGAGCAUUUUAAGAAACAAACUAUUUACAAGUUUCUUAAGCUUCAGCCUAGAGGAAAGAAUAAUUUCAGUCCACUUCACCUUGCUGUAGACAAUAAUACUACAUGUGUCGGUCGCUACCCAGUUUGUAAAUUCCCCUCUCUACAAGUUACUGCUAUCCUGGUGGAAUGUGGUGCUGAUGUAAAUGUCAGAGACUCUCAUAACAACAGUCCAUUACACAUUGCUGCACUGAACAACCAUCCAGACAUCAUGAAUCUUCUUAUCAAGUCAGGGUCACAUUUCGAUGCCACAAACUCAUGUAAACAAACAGCUAGUGAUUUGCUGGAUGAGAAGGAAAUAGCAAAGAAUUUAAUCCAGCCCAUAAAUCAUACUACUUUGCAGUGUCUUGCUGCUCGUGUAAUAGUGAAUCAUAACAUAUCCUAUGCAGGGCAUAUCCCUGAAAAACUAGAGAACUUUGUUUUGCUCCAUAGAUGAUAGUGUGGCAUUCCAGAGUACUGUUUUUGAAGCACAACAUGGUGAUAUUUUCCUUGAGCACUGUUGUGAUACACCAGCGUUCCCUUAGCUUGCUCCAUUUUGCUCUCAUUGCCUAGUGUUGUUAGCAUCAGAUCUGCAGAGGUGGUUACCCAGUAUUUAAUAUGAAUAUGCCAUAUAAUAUAUUUUGUGGAUUAUUUAGAAAUGUAAUGCCAUAUUUAGACUUUAAAUUGUCUGCCAAAGGCUUGUCUUUUCUGGUCUUAUUUGCCUGUUGGGUGUUUGGGACUGAGUUGAGUAUUUUCCACUGAUGUCUUUUUACUAUAACUGUUAUGUGGAUUUUAUACAGUUGGAAGGUCAUCUUUUUUUGGUUUUGCUUGAGCGUUUCUACUCCUACUCUCUUCUUUUUCUAUGGACUCAUUGCUAAACUGUGCAAGUUGUAUGGACUUGUUAACAUUUGCAACUACCAUAAGUGCUUUUAUCUUCUCUAUGCACUGGCUUAAACAUGACUGUUGUGUGUGAGCAUAUUUCUAUGCAGCACUUGGCCAAUUUCAACUUAAAUGCCAGUCUUGUUUUGCAGUUUGUUUAGAGCUCUCUUGAGAAUGCUGUCUUCAUAGCAUGAAGAAUUUUGGAGUUAUUUAUCAGCUCUCCAAACUUGGGUUUGACUUUUUUGAUUGCUGUAACUGAGGCUGCUUUAAUUUUGAUCCUCUGGAUUUUUUUCCUAAACUGGGGAGAAGAAAAUCUUGCUUUUUCUGAUUGUAGUCCACUUGAACUUUAAAUCUGAAAAUUGUUCUGUUGCAUCGUGCAGCUGGGGGAAGAGUCCUCAUGAUGUACAACUAACGCCUUCCCCUCUGCACUGUCUUGCUUGUGCCAGUUAUGUGACUAGAUGUGAAGUUUGCUCAAAGUUUAACCUCAAACCUUAAUGAUACACUUCUGUGAGAAAUAGAUCAAAUAUAUGCUCUGCUUUAAAAUCUGCAAAUCAGCUUUAGCUUACAAAAGAAAACUAAAGCAUGUUGAUGGCAUGAUGUUUAUCAGUUCAGAUCUAGACAUCAUAUAGUAUAGUAAGUGGCUGUCUGCCAGGGUAUUGAAAGUUCUAUAGCAGUGUCCUCUUUUUUCUUCAUUUUUAGUAUCUUUAUAAAUACUUGCAUGGAUUUUUCAUCUCUACUAUGUUAGUUGUACUUAACAAAAGCAGAAGUUCUGUUGUGUAUAUAGCUCCUAUUAAAGUACCUAUUUUUUAUAAUAUUUGCACAACAGCUUAGCUUUUGCAACAGAAAGGGCUCUUUUGACUUGAUAAGAAGUCUAAAAAUGAAGAUCAUAAAUGUGAGUGCGAUUCAGGUAAUUAAUAUAAUUCAGCACUUUACUGUUGAUUAAUAGUAGGAUUUAUUAUGGCACAUUAGCCCUAAAAAUGUCUUAAAGUGAAAUUAAUUUCUGUUGGAUAGGAUACAGUUUACUUGCAAAUUUAGUUGUCUAGCAUUUUGGGUAUUUUUGGCUUAAUGUUUCAUCUCAGUUGUGGGCAGUAAGUGUACCUAUGGGGUUCUUGCUCCAGAAAUCUAACAACUGGUUUUAUGCCUUUGUCAGAGAUAAGAGGUAUUUAGAAUCCAAAUUGGUUAGGUUAGGAGGGUCUUUGUAAUACUUUAAUUUUUAAGUUGAUGUUAGAACACUUUUGUUAUUUGUGGUUGAACUUGAGGAAGAACAUGUCUUGGGAGCACAUAAGAAUAGCCCUUCCUUGUUUUUGUUCUGUUUUGGCAUUCCUGCCAGUGUAUGGCAGUGUACAGGUGCCUACUAGCUUAGCCAUUUUUGCAAAAAUUAUGGGGAUGUUUUUAAGCAAAGAUGUGUUGAAAGCAGUGCUGUUUGUGUGUUGUCACUACCAGACUUGCUGUUUUGAAGCAAUUUUCUCUGGUUUGUCCCUUGCCGUGUCUGUGUUGUAUACUAUUACAAGAAUCAUAGAAUCAUUUAGGUUGGAAAAGAUCCUUAAGAUCAUUGAGUCCAACCCUUAACCCAGCACUGCCAAGUCCAGCACUGAACCAUGUCCUUAAGUGCCACAUCUACACGUGUUUCAAAUACCUCCAGCCAUGGUGACUCAACUGCUUCCUUUGGGCAGCCUUUUACAUUGGUUAACCACUCUUUCCAUUAAGGAGUUUUUCCUAGUAUCCAAUCUGUAUUUCCCCUAAUUCAGCUUGAGGCCAUUUCUCCUUGUAUUGCUUGUUACUUGGGAGAAGAGGCCAACCCCUGCCUUGUGAAGUUAUUGUAGAGAGUCGUAAGUUCUCCACUGAACCUUCUCCUCUCCAGGCUGAACAACCCCAGCUCCAUUAGCUGCUCUUCAUCAGACUUGUGAUCCAAACCCUUCCCCAGCUCCACUGCCCUUCCCUGGACAUGCUUUGGCACCUUGGUAGCUUUGAUGUAAUGAGGGACCCAAAACUGAACACAGCACUUGAGGCAUGGCUUCACUGUACAGGGGACAAUCACUGCCCUGAUCCUGCUGGCCACACUAUUGCUGAUACAGGCCAGGAUGCAGGUUUUUCUGGCAUCACACAAGACUAAACUCUAGUCAAUUGACUGAAUUGCUGUGAUUUGCAAUGCUUAGGACAUGUGCCACUCAGCUUUUCAUUUGUGAGGAUGUGUAGUUUGGUUUUUGAAUUUAUACAUUUUGAUGUUUUUCUGCUGCUCUUUAGAUGGGGAUAAUCAGCAAAUGAUACCAUGCUAGAAUUAUACAUCAAGUCAUAAAAAUAAUUAUUUUUGUAUAGGUCUCAGAGAAAAGGAUUUUUAGAGUUUUUUACUUUGGAAUCUGUCCUGCUCUUUGGUGGUUUUAGUUUAAAUUCCUGUCUUUAUAGCUGACAAUUACCCUUUUUAAGAUUCGUUGGUUGGUUGUUCAGCCUGAGGAAGAGAAGGACCUUCCAGUAAAUAAAGGAGGCUACAAAAGAGCUGGAGAGAGACUUUUUACAAAGUUUUGGGGUGGAAGGACAAGGGGGAAUGGCUUUAAACUGAAAAGGGUGAGAUUUAGCUUUGAUAUAAGGAAGAAAUUGUUUACUAUGAACAUGGUGAGGCACUGGCAAAGGUUGUCCAGAGGAGUUGUGGAUGCCCCAUUACUGGAAGUCUUCAAGGCAAGACUGGAUGGGGCUCUGUCCAGUGGAAGGUGUCUCUGCGCAUGGCAGAGAGGUUGGAAUGAGGUGGUCUUUAAAGUCCCUUCCAACCCAAAUCAUUCUAUGAUUUAUGAUUAUUAGUCCAGAAAUAUAAUGUAAAAUUUUUUAAUUGUUAGCAAUUUUUUAAAUGGAAAGCAUUCCCGAAAGUGAAAGCAUAUCACUAUUAGUUCUAUGUAAAUCUAGUGAAUAUUGCUGCCAGAAAGGCUUACUGUGUUAGCUGCUCUUUAGAAACAAACCAGGCUAUUAUAAAUGCUGAUUUAUUGCACGAAUUUCUGUGUAAAUAUCUACUGAUGUGCAUCAGUCCGAACGAUUUAUCACCUUCAUGCUGAAUUUAAUUUUUCAUGGUGAUUAAGCUCUCUGCUGAAGAGAGCUUAUCUUGCCAGAUUACUUAGACUUAGGUGACCUGGCAGAUGAGUUCAUGCAUUUUUGGCCACUUUGCAUUUAGACCUAUGUGUUUACACUACUCUGUUUUAUUUAUCUUAAUUUUAAUUUUGUAAUACUUUUAACUCAUUCUUUUACCAUUUUUCUCCCCAUUUGGCCUUUUUUUCUGAUGAAACACACUGCUUCUGAGCUACUGACACAGAAAAAUGCUGAGAACACUGCAGAAAUAAUUAUAUGCCCUGCAGAGAUAAAACGAGUUUUAAAUUGAUUAAACAGCUUACAGGUAUACCCCCUAGAGACAAAGGAACUGAUAUCUCCUUGCUUGGUAUCAGUUGAGACCUUUAAGCUGCAUUUUUUGGGGAAAGGGAUAAAUGCAUAGAGCAGCUUUUCUUCUGAUACUUGUGGGUUUCAACUGAAGUACUUCAACAAGGAAGAUGAAAAAUAUUCUCAUUAAAAAAAAUCUAAAAUUAUGUUCCUAUUUUUGUAUCACUUAGGCUGGUGACAGGAUUCCAGCUGUCUGCCGUGUCUCUGUUCUAUUUGUUAGGUGCAGUGUAAAGACAUUUUCUAAAAUGCAAGGCAACAUUGUGGUUAUUUUUCCAUAUAUACUUCACAACACUCCCUGGAUAGGAAGUAGUCUUGUGUUAUUCCUAAGUCCACAAAGAGCUGUCUUUUAACAACUGUUUUGCAACUGGUUAAAAUUAACCUCUUUCUAUUUUUACAAACACUACUUUAAAGAAAGUAAUGCAGUGCUAUAGCAAAAUCCUUAAAUGAGGAUUUGUAAUUAGAUAAAAACCUUUUAAGGAAAAGUGUGCCUUGCCACAGUUUUGUAUCAGCUGCAAGGUGACAGUGGAGGGAUAUGGCUGCUCUUGAAAUAGCUUUGAAAUGCUUUGAAAUAUAGAGUGGAAUGGCUGUUAUACUCUAAAAUGUUGAGAAGCAUGAAAAAGCUGACUAAACACUAAUUUUACCUUCUGUGACUAAAAUGACGCCAACUGGUAUGUAACGCUUCAAAGUAAUUUUGGUAAUUUUGAUGAGAGACAUGCUAGACUGCUCAUAUUUCUUGCUUUUGAGUGUAAAAGUAACUGUUGAGCCCUCAGUGAGGGCAGAGUGAAAAGCUGUUGUUGGUUUGGUUUUAAAUAAUGUUGUAUUUGUGUUCCAUUCUAUUGCAAAGACUUCCUAUGCAGGGCUAGCUCCAUGUAUGGAAAUAUUGCAGUUUCUUUUUUACGUGAAGUAAUUUAGCUUUAACAGUAAUGUAAAAAAGGAAUAACAAGCAUAUUUCUCCGCUCCUACUCUCUUUAGGCUCCAAAUGCAGAUUACAUUAAAAAUAUGUUUUGGAGAACACCUGUCUGAGUGUAUAUAUGUGUUUUCUCUAGGGUAUUGCGGUACUGGUUGGUAAACUACUUUUCUUGUUGAGUAGGUAAAUGUAAAUGCUGCCGCUUCAACCUUCCUGUCAUUAAGAAUUGUGCCUUAAGCAAAAAGUCAUAUCUCAUGCUCUUUCUUUCUGUGAAAUUAUGGUCUGGCAAAGCCUUUGAAUUUCAGUAGUGGGUAGUAGUAAAGAAAAGGCUUAAACUGAAUGAUACAGGAGAAACUAUUUUCCCACUUUCUAGAAAAAGCAGUUAGUCAUACUGUUAACCAGGGGAAAGAGUAUUUCCAGUUUGUAACCUAAAAAUAGAUAGCAAUGCUUUGUAAGAAGUAAGCAUCAGACAGUUUUCAAGAAAGCUGGACAAAUUAAUUUUCUUCUUCAAGCUUUUGAAGGAUCUUCCAUAUUGCAUUAACAAUUUAAAAAAUAGAGGAAUAGAACAUCUCAAGGGUGAGAGAAGCAGAGGAUCCUUAUUAGAGGCAACUGGAGAUUUGAAGAAUAUUGCCAUUGUAAUUUCAAAAUACCUUUAUAGUUAGACACAGUAGUCACAAUCCUAGCCUCUAAGGAGGGGUAUAUUUCAGAGAGCUGGAACUUUACAUUAGGGUUGAUCAGUAACAAUAGGAUCAAAAAAGAUGAGGCUCUGGAUGAGGAAAUCUGCUCCAGAACUUUCCAGUAGAAUAAUUGUUACACACAUGGCUUUAGUGAACCGAAUGUAGAUUCUCUUAAUUAAGAAAGGGAAAAACUGUAAAGGAUCAUUUACAUCAUUAUUCAUCCUUCUGCAGCUGAAAAAUGUCUGCUGUUACCGAAAGUGUGUAAACCAUCCAAAAAUGGCUUCUUGGCAUUAGCAAGUGCUGGCUGAUGCUUGAAGACCAAAACUCAUCAUACAAAGUAGUGCAGGAUUAGGGAAAAGAGACCAAGUUGCUCUGGCACAGGCAAUACUUUUGUUUGUUUUUCCCAUAAUAUCCAGAGGGCCAAAUGCUAUCCACAGUGAACAGCAGAAGACCUCCCCUCUCCAAAGGCUUACCUUGCAGUUGAUCUCCAGCAUUCAGAAAAACUGAGAAGAUGUUAUACUCAGAAGUUAUGGACAACAGUUUUGAGCUAUGCAUACAGGGGAAAAAAAGAAUUGCUUUCUGAUUCAUCUGUCUGUAAGAAGCCAGUGAGUGUGAGGCAAUGUAAAUUAUGAAAAUGGCAACCACAUCUCUCAUCAGAUCAUAAAACAUGAUCAUGACACAUGAUCUGGGUUCGUCUCUGAAGUUUAACGGGUUGCUUCUAUCAUAUCUCCUGAAGAUUUAUCAAGUCAUAAGUUCCUUACCAAAAAUUCUCCUUAGAAGAUUAUUUGGAAUUCCCAUCUAUCAGUAAUUAGAAACCUAAUUCCCAUUUGAAAUACAUGUUUUCCUAGCUUUGUAUGUGUGAUCUUCUCAUAGUUUCAGUAGUUGUCAGUCCUUCAGAGAGAGUUGUCCUCUCUCAGCCUUUAUGUGGUUAGGCUAAAUCAACCAACCAAAAGAACACACAAGCUGUAAGAAUGAGCAAAAACCAGAAUAAUCUAGAGUUGAGUAAGCUGACAGAAUGGUUUGGUUUUCCCUUUUCCCCUCUCUUGAUUGUACACUCCCCAAAAACCCCCAGAAUCCACUGGUUCACUAAACACUUUUUGCUGCUGAACCUGCAAUUUAGAUUGCAAAUUCGUUCCUUUUUACAAUGGUAGGGAUUUUUUUUUUACAGUAAACAGCUGAUUGCUUUAGUUUCAGAUUCUGCAGCUUGUAUUGUCCUCUUCUAAUAUUUUAGGUGCCUGGAUGUUGCUUUGUUCCAUUCACACACAGCAUUAUCCUAACUGGAAUGUGAGGCAAAAUAUUCAGCGAAUGAGCCAGACUUGGAUUAGUUUUUGUUUCCAUUCCAUAGUUUCAAAAUAGUGAACUUGCCUUUUUCUCCAUUCUUUUUGCAUGUGUGGCUACCAGGCAUUUUAUUGGCCAGCCUAUACUUUUUAUUGGUUAGCCUGUAAGGUGGGGGUCCUCCUGAGAUGACUGUGCUCUUUCUGGUUUUCUGGCUUAGGGAAGCACGUCAUCUCCCGCUUCAUCAUGCUUUGUUUUCCCAUAAUGCGUGAAAUGGAAACUUCAGGGAGUUAAAAACCAAAAGAAAUGAUAAAAAAAACCCUAAAAGAAAACCCAACAAAAACCCAACCAAAACAAAAGCCCAAACAACCAAAAAACAACAAAUAAAAAAUUGCAAAACCCUCAAAACCAAACCAGAAAACAGAACCUGCUGUAAAUUAGCAAAAUAUACAGUGUGAGGCAGAUGCCCUGUGGGCUGCUAUGAGGAGUGUGGAUAGCUCACUUGCAGUCCCACCUGGUGGUAACCUUGGGGCCAGAUAGUUCUGUGGGAAGGCUGGUCCGGUCCAUGCAGGCUGCUCCCACUGCAGCACUGCUGUGCAGAUCAGGGUGUACUUUUCAAGUGAGUCUUCCUAUUGACCAUGCUUGUUUGGGUUUGUGUCACUGAAUUGCCUUAAUGCACAACUUGUGUUAAUUUUGAAUGCACCUGAGCUUAAAGUGUUCUGAAAGCUCACUGAACAGGCUUUGACCACUAAUGGCUGUCCAGUUCAUGAGAGCACACUCGAAGUUGUUCUGAAAUAACCCUUAUAUCUUCUCCCAUUCCUCUUCUACUCCCAUGGAGUGUCACAGACUUUUGAUACUUGGCAUCAACUCCUCCAUUCUACAGAUCUCCUUUCUAAUACAAGUGUAACUGUAGUUUUCGUUUCUCUUCUGAUGUUGAACAUAAGUUGACACAUACACUGGCUUGUUUUUCCUCUUGCUUGUAGGUGGUUACUGCCUAUCAUGCGUAGCAUCGUGUAACCCAUGUUCUGCUUUGAGCUGGGUCAUGAAAAUGAGAUAAUGUAGUUGAUUGCUAAAGGUGGAUCUACCACAUCAUUAACUGUUGAAAAAUGAGUCAGCUGUGCCACAUGCAGUGCUGACACUUCUUCCUGACAGCAUGACUGACCUUAGUACAAAGUACUGUUGAUGUAUUGUAAAGAAAUAUUUGCUCCAUUAUACAAAGAUGGAAACUAAGGCACAGACUCAGUGACCUCUUAAAAUGACCACAGGAAGUAUAGGCUGUAGCAAGAAACAGACUUCAGAUCAUCUGGCUCUAGGGACUUUAAUUUUGAGAUUAUUUGUUCCAGGUAGUUUUGACAACAGUAAUUUCAUAAAUGAAGACUCUAUAUAAAAAACAAAACCACCAAGAAUUUCUUAGGAAAAUCAGGCUAAUGUUAUUACACAGUUUUAAUGUAUGUGUCUAUCAUUCCUCUCCCUUGUUUUUCAACAUACUAGGCCAGUUUAAUAAACUCAACAGAAACAGAGCAGCCUAUGUAUGUCUGUAACUUCCUUGAGAACACCAGAGUGAGCAGAUGGCAGAGUCCAUACUAACAGUUCCUGCUGAAGGAGAGGAUUUGGCAGGAACUUGACUCUUAUUAGGCACGAGAGAAACCACACAGGAAUUAAAAUACUUAGGACCAUGAAAAGGUCUUUGAUUGCAGCCCAGGCUUUAUUAGAGAGCAGCAGAUCUGGUCACUGUUCAGAAUGUGCCAUACUUGCAUUACAUCAUAUGCAGUAAGUGCCCCUGUUCAUCAAGGUGGUAGCAUCGGAGCAUCAGAUUAUCCUGGUUUGUUUAGUCAAAUCUCCUUCGUUAGGCACUCAGUGUCCUGAGUUUGCUGUGAUGGCAUAGAACAUAAAUGAAAAUUGGCCAAGAUACACAAAAAUGAAAAACUCUAGGACUUUCUAUGGCUGUAUACUGACUAUAUUACUGUACAUGCCAAAAUGGUUUGAAGUUAAUUCUGUUGAGUCGUUAUUAUUGCCUUUUAAGCAGGUUGGGGAAAACCAUGACUCCCAGUUAA